AACUCCCCUCAGAGGCUUCAGAGUGAUGAAGGUCAACAGGAAAGGAUAUCAAGUGUCUCCCGGUGCCCCUGCUCUCCCACACCUUUAUUUAAUGGGGCACCUCAGAGCGAAGGAGGCGUCGUGACGCUUUUCAUUAACACUGAAUGUGACACAGAUUCACAGAUUCCUGGCUUCGUCAUCCGGGAUUUACGCACUUUUUGGGACGGGAAGAGAUUGACGACACAUUUUCUGGCACGCGUCUUUUGUGUAGCAGUGUGUGUUGUAGUGUGCCACUACGUUGUUUCCUAUUUCACCAUUGGAACUAAAGCAAAUAUCGGGCACUACGUUCCUGCGUUAUUGGUGCGUAAAGGCUCCGCAGCCUUAACAAGGCGUUCUGCGUUUCGUCAGUGAAAGCUGGGUAAGUUUUGCACCGAUGAGUUCCUGGCGGACACUUUGGCAUCCGAGAUAACCUGACGGAUUUUAAUUAACACAAUCUGCUACUUUCAAGACAAUUUUGGAGAACCUUCUGUGCCUCGAUCUGUUUUCAUUUCAUUUCAGCGAUUUCUUUACGCUAUAUAGAUCUUGCAAAUGGACACCUCGCUGUGACGAUCGCGUGGGAGAAACAAUGUUUUUAUGUAACACAAGUGCCAUAAAGGACUGGAGCUAUUUUCUGUCUCAGAUUUUACCUUUGCUGAAUAAAACCACACGCCUGGCCAGCAUGGACCAAGCGGAGGACGUUACGACCACCAUGGUGACAGCUCUGCAGCCGGAUAGCGCCAUGAGCGCAAGCAACCCGCCCCUCAAUUCCAACCAUACCUCUGGCAUGGAGCACGUCUUUCAGUACUCUUAUUCCGAGAGUGACCCGCUGUACACAGACUCCCGGACACGAGACUCCAUCCCGCUGCCCAAAGCGGUUCUCUACCUGGUGAUGGCAGGGCUGGUGGUGGUCGUGGUAGCCUAUGCGAUAGUUGGGCACCUCGUCAAAGAUGUGGUUAAUGAGUUUGUUGGUGGAAGCAGGUCGAUGGUUGUUGAGGGUGACGCUGGUGAAACUAGUGAACAAGGCUGGGUGUGUGGCUCUCGCGGACUUACUAACUGCAAUAAUACCGAGAUAAACUGCAUAUCCAACAACAUUAACGUGAUGGGUGAGCUGGCCGAGAGACCCCGGCUGUUGGAAAUGAGCUACAUAUCCCUGAACCACACAAACUGCCUGAGCGCCGACAGACCGGAGGAUACAGCAGUCACCAUAGAUGAGACUUUACAGCGGCGACCACCGGACACCCACUCUGGGACUUAACCUGUGAUCUUCUGACCCAUCUCGAGAGAUAUAAAGCAGCGCGUUAGCUUGCAUUGCUUGCCCAAGUGGAUUUCACGAAUGGAAGCUCUCUCCACUGUUUUAUCACGUGCAGGUGGACUGUAAUACUUGUGUAAUGUUGGGCAAGAGAAGAAUUUAGAUAGUCUUUACUUGAAUGUUGGAGGAAUUGAAUGAUGAUGUUUGUAUCAUAUCGGCCUCUUUUCUGUGGAGAUUGCUAGUUUGAGCGGCUUCAGCUGUUUUUGGCCAAGGAGGCAGAGAGACUAACGUUUUUUGUGUUAAUGUGACAUAUGCAGUUCAGAGUAACAAAAAAACAACAAUUAAUCACUCUGAAUGUACAAUACACGCUGGUCACUGCUUACAGUUAUUGUAAUUAUUGUAAGAUUUGCGUCAAAACGCUUCCAAUGACACAGGAAGGCAUCAAAUGUUAACAACCUCGCCAUUUGUUAUGUAAUAACGCUGAAACUACUGCUACAUGACCAUAAAAUGGAAGCAUUUUGUAGUGUCAUGCUCCAGUUAAAACAGAGAAGCUGAAAGUAUUGGGGCCAUUGUAAAGAACAAAUUAAACGUAGUAACCUUUCUUGUUAAAUGUCUGAACACGGCAUCACCUUUGAAGCAGAACGUGUUCAUUGUUUGUUCAUGUUUAAUGUUUAAUAUUUCCUGCAAAAAUGGCUUCAUGCCAAAGCCUUUGUUUACCUUUCUUACCUCACCGUUAAGGGCUAUGUACUGUACUGUCCAUGAGUUUGUGACAUCACUACGCUACAACAAAUAGUUGCUUAUUGGUCUGUGCAUGCUGUGAUCAUUGUGCUCUGCGCACACUGCUUCUGUAAACUCUGUGUUUGGAAAGAUAAAGUGAACUAAAGUGGCUGAACAACACUGCUCUGAUCAACUGACGGCAGGAUAGAAUCACUACUUAAAGACUAAUUGGGAGCCUGUUCUAUGUUACUGAUGGACUACUUUCUCUCUCAGAUUUACACAUGUGCAUGUUUGAGGUGACACAGAGUAAAGUGAUGCUUUCAAGGGACCUAUUUUAAGUGUAUCAUAAAACAAUUAUGUAAUUGUAUAGCAGAGGUAAUUUUCAUAUUGAUGCCGUCAACCCCGUUUAAGUCAUCCAAUAAAUAGUCUUGAGCAAAGGUGGUGGAAAUCACUUCAUUAUUAUUUUCAUACCCGAUACCGACUCUGACCUCUGGGCAUGUGCACAUGCCUAAUAUCUAACAAUAAAUGAGUUAGUACACUGAAAAAAACUAAGGUCCAAUAGAAUAUCAGUAUUCACAGAGAGAGCAUUUAACUUCACACUGAAAUAAUAAACUAUCAAUCUGAGAAGCUAUAGAGCUUAAGUUAGAUACGCCAUUUCUUUUGUUUGUCAAUGGCUUCCUUGAGCAAACAAUCAGACAAAUUUAGUGACUCAAUAUAAACAUGUUUUACAUUUUUGUAUCUUGUUUUUAAUUUAUCUAUUUUACUUCUCACCAUGUAAAUAUAUUUGUACAUACGCACUUUAACAUACUUAUCUUAUUUGUUUAUAUUCUUAAUUUUUGCUUGUAUAUUUUCAUCUACAUUUUAUUCUUA